UCAUCCUGUGAUGGUGGAGCCAACAGCGUCUUCCCAGAAGUAUUUAUAACUAAAAAUACCAGGAGAGGCUGUCCAAGGUGUGGCGAAACCGGCAACGCCUUCCAAAAAAAGCAACAGGUCCAAGGAGCAUCACACAAGGAUAUACCCUUUCAUGUGGGAGGUCAACGUUUCUCAGCUGAGCAACAGUGAAGCAACGAGGUGAGAUGUUCCCACUGCCGAUGUUCACACCUGACCAAGUGGCUCGGGUGUGCGAGAACCUGGAGGAGACCGGGGAUAUCGAGCGCCUGGGUCGGUUCCUCUGGUCUCUGCCCGCCGCCGUACCCGGCUCUGCAGGGGAGGCGCUCAACAGGCAUGAGUCUGUGAUGAGAGCGAGGGCGCUGGUGGCUUUCCACAGCGGGAACUUUGAGGCUCUUUAUCAGAUCCUCCAGAGCCACAGGUUUACCCGGGAGUCCCAUGCCAAGCUCCAAGACCUCUGGCUGGAUGCUCACUACAGAGAGGCGGAAAGGCUGAGGGGGCGGCCGCUGGGCCCUGUGGAGAAAUAUCGGAUAAGGAAGAAGUUCCCAUUGCCUCGCACCAUUUGGGAUGGAGAGCAAAAGACGCACUGCUUUAAGGAACGAACUCGGAGCUUGCUGAGAGAGUGGUAUCUCCAAGAUCCCUAUCCCAAUCCAUCCAGGAAGCGCCACUUGGCCCAGGCCACGGGACUCACACCUACACAAGUGGGCAACUGGUUCAAGAACCGCCGCCAGAGAGACCGAGCUGCAUCAGCAAAGAACAGGCUUCAACAGGAUCCAUCCCUCCAUCCCUCGGAGAGCUCCCCUGACGGCGCCCACCCCCACUCCCACCUGCUGCCCCCUUCCCCUCGCCACCUCGGCAGCCCAGAGGCCAGCGAUUGCAGCACAGAGACUGAGCGCAGAGGGACGGGAGCCUCGACGCCAGAGAUCUCUGUCAGCAGCGACGGGGAGUUUGAAUCUUGAGAUGAUUUUAUUUUCUUUUUUUUUACUCUACAAAGGUACAAAAACAUACACAAUAAAAGACAGCGAGGUUAUGGACACGCUCCAGCUUUCUAAAAUGGAGAGGAGAAAAUGCUGGAGCCUAUUCUGCUGGACUUUGUGAAAGGAACUAUGCACUUAAAAAAAGCACUGAAAGGGAUGUUGGUCAUAUCGCCCCUCUGCCAUUUCAUACUUUUUGUAGCUUUCCUUUUUGUCGGUUAAAAAAAAGAAUGGUUUGACCAGGUGGUCUAAAUUAAUUUUCUAUCAUCUACCAACAGUGAAUCCUUGUUAUCAACCAACUAGAGGUUGCUCAUAUUCCUUUCAGUUUGUUGCAAGUUAAUAAUUAAUAACUAAUCUGAUCUUGUGAGUGAGAAAUAGCCCAAAUCAGUGGCGUAACAACUCACCAAUAGGCACGUAAGCAACAUAAGAUCUUUAUUGCAGUUUGAAACAUAUCAUAGGAGUGUAUUUUUUACCAACUGUCUAAUAAACUAUACACCAUUAUUAACAUCGGUAUUAAAAGUACCACUGUCUGCUUUGCUAUUGGUGUCGUGUUUAAACGGCUCACCAUCGUGUUGAAAUCUGGCAUGUGUUGCGGUAUAAAUAAGGUCCAAUCAGCCAUCUUAACAUCAAAAGCAAUUUUUCGCACGAUUACAUCUGCAAUGAGUCAUCCUAGUCCAUAAUUGCGAAGGGGGCCUACCGUCCUAUACCAUAACUGCGAAGGGGGCCUACCGUCCUAUACCGUAAUUGCGAAGGGGGCCUACCGUCCUAUACCGUAAUUGCGAAGGGGGCCUACUGUCCUAUACCAUAAUUGCGAAGGCGGCCUACCGUCCUAUACUGUAAUUGCGAAGGGGGCCUACCGUCCUAUACCAUAAUUGUGAAGGGGGCCUACCGUCCUAUACCAUAAUUGCGAAGGGGGCCUACCGUCCUAUACCAUAAUUGCGAAAGGGGCCUACCAGGUGUCAGUGACGGGGCCCCUAAGAGGUCGGGGGCCCCUAAGCAACUGCAGUCUCUGCUUACCGAUAGUUACGCCAUUAGCCCAAAUGGGUUUCAGAACUACAAGCAAUGGAAAGAAUGUGAAUGCUUCGGAAAAACACCCAGUUAGACUAAAUUAUAUGACAUCACUGUUUAUGAUUCACUGCAUGAUAAGCAAUAGUUUCAGUAACAGAUUUCAAAAUAAGUGACCUGUAACGGGGGUGCAAAAUGGCAGAGGGGGAAAGGUCGACCCAGAAUCCACUGAAAAACCCAUAAGCUUAGUUGUUGCUUUAUAAAACGAUAAACCGAUUUUAGAAGCAACGCUAAUAUUUUUUUAACUCACAUGAAUGUUAGUAAUUUCAAAUUUCUUACUGUUUCGAAUACAUGUGUAAAUAAAGAUGAUUUUGUAAUAGUUUAUAGGGGAGUUCCAGGUAUUUUUGUGCAAAAUAAUGCCUUGCGCAGGCUAUUACUGUAUGUAAAUAUAUAUCACCCAUGUACAUUAAUCAUUUGUUACACAUAGGCCCUUACAUUUAAAGUAUUGUACAUCUAUGUCCAGUCAGUGGUACUCCAUCAGUGUUUUAACUGUGUCUCGUUGUGUUUUUAAUGUAGCGUAUGUAAUCACAAACUACUUCGACUCAUUUACUGCCUUAAUUGAAACUAAGAGCAUUCCUAAAAAACAACAACCUCCUGGUCUAUACAAAUAUAAGGGUCUGUGACUGAAACAUGCUGCUUAGGACAUAAACCACUUUGAUUACAGCCACUUUACCUGUGCAUCUCUCCUGGUACCACUGAAGGAAGGAUACAGCGUUGCUUUGAAUCAGCCAGGAGCUGGCAGACACAAGGUAAAGAUUGUUAUUCACUCAUUGGUUCUUAUCUCCAUGUGCCUACUAGAUUUAAAAAAACAAAAACAGUACAAGCCACUCAACCGUGUCUUCAUCAACAAUCCCACAGGCCUGCUGUCUUAUAAAAUGUCCUUAUGACUACUACCACUUCUCACAACAUUUGUGUAAUUCUCUGACAAAAUACGUAUUUUGUAAAUGUUGUUUGAGAAUAACUACACCUAUUUUUAUCCAGCCAUGCUUGU